CCAUCCGCGGGCGCCGCGCCGGAGCCGGAAGUGCGGGGGCAGCCGUCGCGGAGCCACGUGCAGAGCGUCCUGUGGCGGCAGCCCGCCAAGCCUGGCGGGUGAGACUCGGUCUCAGGCACCUGCCAGAUAGCAACACCAUGAGCUUCGUGGCCUAUGAGGAGCUGAUCAAAGAGGGUGACACGGCCAUCCUGUCGCUGGGCCAUGGUGCCAUGGUGGCAGUGCGUGUGCAGCGGGGGGCACAGACCCAGACCCGGCAUGGAGUCCUGCGGCACUCAGUAGACCUCAUCGGCCGCCCCUUCGGCUCCAAGGUGACCUGUGGCCGAGGCGGCUGGGUGUAUGUGCUCCACCCGACGCCUGAGCUCUGGACACUGAACCUGCCACACCGCACCCAGAUCCUCUACUCCACCGACAUUGCUCUGCUCACGAUGAUGCUGGAGCUUCGGCCUGGCUCUGUGGUCUGUGAAUCCGGCACUGGCAGCGGCUCCGUGUCCCACGCCAUCAUCCGUACCAUCGCGCCCACGGGCCACCUGCACACGGUGGAGUUCCACCAGCAGCGGGCAGAGAAGGCUCGCGAGGAGUUCCGGGAGCAUCGAGUGGGCCGCUGGGUGACCGUGCGCAACCAGGACGUGUGCCGCAGCGGCUUCGGCGUGAGCCACGUGGCUGAUGCCGUCUUCCUGGACAUCCCGUCUCCCUGGGAGGCGGUGGGCCAUGCCUGGGACGCCCUCAAGGUUGAAGGUGGGCGCUUCUGCUCCUUCUCGCCGUGCAUCGAGCAAGUGCAGCGCACGUGCCAGGCGCUGGCGGCCCGCGGCUUCUCGGAGCUGAGCACCAUGGAGGUGCUGCCCCAGGUGUACACGGUCCGCACCGUGAGCCUGCCUGCGCCUGACCUGGGGGCCGACCCGGGCCCCGAUGCUGGCCCCUUCCGCAGUGGCACGCCCAUGAAGGAGGCUGUGGGCCACACCGGCUACCUGACCUUUGCCACCAAGGCCCCGGGCUAGUGGGCCGCCUUGGAGCCCAGGCAGAGCAGUGCAGCUCAGCCAGAGGCCACCUUAUAUGGUCAGCGGGUUCUGCUGGGCCUGUGUUUACAAACGCGGUGGGGCGGGGCCGGGCCCCCGGGGGGCCGGCUGCGGCGGGGGCAGGCCGGCUCCAGGCCAGCGGGUCCUCUGGGGAGGAAGGCCGCCGGCCCGGGUCACCGCUGGGCUCCGCUCCCCCAUGCUGCCGCUGCUCUUUGUUGCCGCAGGAAGUCUCCACCGUCGCGGGCUCUUCUGGGUGUUGAGGCCAAGUGGUGACCCCUUGCCAGGCGGCCCCGAGCUGGCAGGGAGGCGGGGGAGCAAGGACCCCGAGAAGAAGGCCCAGGGGCCUGCUGCUCCCUCGGUGCGCGGCCUGGCCCGGCCUGUUGGGCGCUACACAGGCCAAGUGGCGGUGUCCCACAUCCCCUCCUGUUGGAGACACGGGGGAGGGGAGCAGGGGGCAAGGGCAGCCCCGCCUCCCUGCCUCGAUUCUCCCACCGCCCGGAAGUGCCUCCUGUGGCCCCCGUCCAGCCAAAGCCCCUGGUGUGUCAAGAAGUGCGAACACAGCAUCCCAGCCGGGAGCCUGGGGCGGACGAAGUGGCUUCCGGUGGUCCGGCCAGGCCCCCUCAGCCGUCUGCACCCUGGCUUCCAUCCCUGGAGCUACUUGUGGGUGCCCAGCCCUCAUGGGAGCCAGAGGUCCUGGGGGCGCAUCCAGGGUGGGGGGCAGCCCUCCAGGGCGGGUCUGCCCUCCGCCUCUGCUGUUGUCAGGAGCCUCAGUUUCCCCACUUUGGACCCAGGGUGCUGUGCUGGCAGGGGGCAGGAGGCCGGCUCCUGACCUCGCUGGCAGAGAAAUAAACAUCGUUGCCCCUGC